AUGUCUUUCGAAUUGACUAAUGCCCCUACUGCUUUUAUUGAUCUUAUCAACAAGGUCUUUUGGUAUGCAUUGGAUCAAUACAUCAUUGUGUUCAUCAAUGAAAUUUUGGUGUUCUUGAAGAAUUGCGAAGAACAUGCUGACCAUCUGUCCUGCGUAUUGGAGACCCUUCGUCGAAAUCACUUAUACGUGAAAUUCAUUUCUCAAAAAGAACUGAAUAUAAGGCAGAGGUGUUGGAUAUACAUCCUAAAAGAUUAUGACUACAAGAUCCUCUACUAUUUUGGUAAAGGUAAUGUGGUUGCUGAUGCUUUAAGUCGAAAGAAGUUCACUUUGUCGACCCAAAUGAUGGCCUCUAGUUCGAAACUAGUUGAUGUAAUACAGGCACUCUAUCUUAAUCACUAUGGAAAUGGUGCAUACCUCACCCAAUUUCAAUCUUUGCCUGAUUUUUUCAUGAAGACUUGGGAAGCACAAUGGAAAUGGUGCAUACCUCACCCAAUUUCAAGCUUUGCCUGA